CACGUUCAUACUUAACGCCAACAGUCUGCCUCUUGACGGCAAACCACUGCUGGCGAGAUCUGCGACUGCAGCGGCGUCCGGAGAUGGAGGAUUCCGGUGUCGGAGCGGCGACGCGCGGCCCUUUUGGUUUAGAUUUAAGGUCGGAUGAGGGGAUGGAUUCGAUCAGAUGCAUCUGAAGCCUAAAGUGAGAGCUUCUUUUCUUUGAACAUGUGGAGAUUUUCUGCUUGGUAACCCGGUAUCGGUGCAUCCUUCCAGGAGUUGAGAUGAGUGGGUUUCAGAAUACGGAGGCAGAGUCUGAAAAAGGCAUCCCUUGGAUAUAUAGGAAGGAUGAUCAACAUAUUUGACUUAAGUGCCGGAAUGGCCGGAACCAAAAUGCUGCCGGAAAGAGAUCAUAGAAAUGGUUCUCCAGUUCAUAGAAACAACCCUAAUGUCAACGAAGCCGCCACUCCGAGUGCGACUAACACAGAUAACAAACAAAUAACCAGUGUCCUGUACCAGAAUUCUUCAAAAAAGAAAUCUGGUGGAACACCAAUGAAGAUGCUAAUAGCUCAGGAGAUGUCGAAAGAAACAAAGUCCAAGAGGAAACCACAUAGUGUUGUUGCCCGACUAAUGGGCCUUGAUGAUGAUCUGACAACACAAUUGUCGCCAGUGGCUAGUCAAAGAAAGUUGCUAGAGGGUUACCCUCAAACUGCCUCAGCAGGAGUCCAUAGAGGUCAUCUUCAAGAUGAUGUCUUUUGCAAUAAGGAAGUUCCAUGUGAGCUCCAUCAACAUGAUUGUUUGAAGAUGGAACGCAGAUAUGUAUCUGAAGUCUGGAAGCAGCCAUCUCAGAGCAGGAGCAGAAGAUGUGGAGAGACUCAGAAUGACCUAAGAAUGGCUCUUGUCCGUCAAAAAUUCAUGGAAGCAAAGCAUCUAGCCACUGAUGAAAACCUUAUUCACUCCAAGGAAUUUCAGGAUGCGCUAGAGGUUCUGAAUUUAAACAGAGACUUGUUUCUUAAAUUUCUUGAAGAGCCGAAUUCUCUGUUUUCUAAGCAAACAUUUGAUCUUCGCUCUGUCCCUCCACCACCUCAACCAAAUCACAUUACUGUAUUGAAGCCAUCAAAAAAAGUUGAGACGAAGUUUGAAAAAAUGGUGAAGAAGCAGGAAGGUCCAGAGAUUAAAGAGAGUGGAAGGGAAACAAACAAUCACCACUGGAACUCUACCUUCGACCAUUUAAAAGCUGAAAGCUUCUCUCAGCCGACUAGGAUAGUUGUCUUGAAGCCUAGCACUGGAAAUCCUACCAAAGCACCCACUACAACCAUGUCACCUAAGCAUCUAGUACAGGGUGAUCUGGGAGAUAGUGAAGCCUUCGGACCAAAAUACAUAGAGGAGAGAACUCAGCAGAUGCAUAAGAUUCUAUCUGGUCAUAGGAGGGAUGAGUCUUUGCUAUCUUCUGUUUACUCAAAUAGCUUUGGUGGAGAUGGGAGUUCAUUCAAUCUGUUCGAAACUGACUACAUUGAGGAAGAUGGUGGUGGCUUUAGUGACUCUGAUGUAGCUGCUCCAACGUCACGCCAUUCUUGGGAUAGAUUCAACAGUCCUUGCUCAGUGUCAUCUUUCAGCCGGGUGUCACAUUCACCUGAGUCAUCAGUGAUUAGAGAGGCAAAGAAGCGGCUUUCAGAAAGGUGGGCUUUAGUGACAUCAAAUGGUACAAGCCAAGAGCAACUGCAUUUACCUAAGAGCUCAAGCACUUUAGGUGAAAUGCUUGCAAUUUCUGAUGUAAAAAGAGAAGAAUGUGUCAAUAGGUAUACAGUCUCAGCCAGCAGAUCAUGUGGAGGAGAUGAUGAAUUGAUGUUACCAGCAUUCUUCUUAUCGGUGGAUGGAAAAAAGAAUUCAGGAGAGCUUUCCCCUGAAAAUUUAUCAAGAUCAAAGUCUGUCCCAGUCUCUUGUUCAGCUUACAAAGACAUUGGCUUGAAAUAUGAAGGUUCCAACACUCAGCUUUGUGAACCCACUGUGUCAGAGGUGUCAAAGACCAAACACGGUAAAUCAUCUUUCAGAGGAAGAUUCUCUAGCUUUUUCUUUUCUAGGAGCAAGGAAACUAGAAAAAGACCUGUUUCUUCUACCAUGGUGGGCUCUGGUGGUGCUGAUGUGGUAGCAAGCAGAACUGAUGAGAUGCUAAAAUCAGUUCAUGGUAGUUCGUCUGCAAACAGUCAAGUAAAAGAUGAGGAACAAUCUGCCAGUACAGCUUCAAUAUCGGUGACAAAUGUUUCCAAAAAACCCAUGCAAUCAGUUGAAAACUCCAGGACAAGUGACAAAUCUAGUGAGGAGGAGAAACUCAGUCCACGUCAAAAUUACACGAACAACCUGGACCAACCUAGCCCUACUUCAAUUCUGGAUGCACAAUUUGAAGAUGAUGUGAAUGGAAAUCUAUUGCAGACAUCUGAAGCAAAUGCUAGACAACAAUUAAUUUCCAGGGCUUCACCUAUAGAGUCAGUUGCUCGUACUUUGUCAUGGGAUGACACCCGUCUGGAAAUGCGACUCCCCGAGCCCUCAAGUUUUAAAGUAGCUUUGUCCAAGGCAGAUGGUGCUGACCAAGAUCAUUUUGUAUUUGUUCAGAAAUUGCUAUCUUAUGCUGGCUUGGAGAAAUCUGAUAUGAUGUUCACUGGAUGGCACUCUCCUGAUAGCCCAUUGGAUCCAGUGUUACUUGACAAACUCUUGGGUCUGAAAGAAGAUGAAUCGAAGUGCAUGGAGAAAACUCCAACCCUGAGGCUCCUAUUUGACUGUGUGAACUCGGCCCUUUUAGAAGUCAGUUGGUCUACCUUAAUGAGUGUAUACCCAUGGAACAGGGCGUCCUGUGGGGCACAGAUUAAUGCUUGUGCAAGCUCUGCCUUGUCAGAGGAUGUGUGGGGUCUAGUGAGGGAUUGGUCUUCUGGCAACCGGACGGUGGUGUUUACUGAGAAUGACAUUGGUAGUCUAGUUGUGGAUAGAGUAUUGAGGACUGAGGCGGGAGGAAACAGAUGGGUUGAAUUGAACAGGAUAGUAGAGGAGAUCGCUAAAGAAAUAACCAGUGAUGUAUUGAAGGAUUUGGUUGGAGAGGCUUUUUCAGAUCUUGCUGCUGCAUGUAUCUACUGAUGCCUUCUUUUCCCUCUCAGCCUCUUCUACUUCACUUUGUUGUUUUUGCCGCAGCGUUCAGAUUUCUACCAUGCCACAGGUGACAGUGUAUAUGUAUUUUCUGAUAUUUGAUGAUUUCUCGUAUCACUUGGAUCUCUUUCGGCUUUCUUUCUUUGUCCAUGUUUGUUCUUCAGUAGCAUGAUAUAGCUUCAACUCUGUUACUUAUGUCAAUCUCUGUACCUUUCAAGUACUGAGCUGGCCACUUGAGAAAAUUGGUAGGUUAACUAUGCAUAUUGGCUGAAGGACAAGGGUGAUAUUUUUCACCCUCUGUAUUUAUCUGCAACCUAUGAUUUUAAAUGCAUUCUUUUA